AUGUACGCUGGGAUUUCAGUGCUCAUAGUGUUGGUCUUGUCGAUCGUGAGGAAGGUUGACUCGGUCGCGGGUUUCCCCGCCGGAGUUGAAGACGUUGUGGGUGAAGUGAGAUCAACAUUCAAAUGCCCGCCUCGAGCUGGAUAUUUCGCGGAUGUGGAUAACGAUUGCAAAGUAUUCCAUGUUUGCCACCCGGUCGAAUCAUCUAAAGGACAACAAGACAUCCAGCAUUUCAUGUUCUUCUGUGGGAACCAGACUGUUUUCGACCAAUCAACUCUAACCUGCGCCCAUCCAGAGCAAGCGGUGCCUUGCUCCCUAGCAGCGAUGUUCUUCGAUUUGAAUGACAGGAUCGGACGGGAAGAGGAGUACUUCCUCUCAGAUCAAGAUGCGCAAAGAGCGGAUUCCCUCCGAAUUGGAUUUUGA